CGUCCCAUGACAUUACGUCACGCAUCUUUCUAAAACACCAUUGGCCGCUAGAGAAACGUUUUUUUCAGUCCUUUGCCUCUGCCUUAGCCAAUGAGAGAGACGUGCUUUUUACGAACUGUGUUUUGUGUGAGGUGUGUGCGGACAGCUGAGAGUGGGACUUGGGCCCACAGUGAUGUACAACCGAACCCCUGGGGGACUCUGACUAGUCUUGGAUGUCGAUGCCUGUCCCGCAACAGCUUCAAGCGGGAAGAGUGCAAAGCUGCCUUGGUAAGCUGCCUUGGUCCUUGCUGCUGGCUCUACAUAGCAGAUCAUAAUAGGAGAAGAUGCAAGCUGUUAGGGAGGCUCACGUGGGAAGUGAAAACAAGUCCUCUGUGAUACAGAAGACCAGCUGGGAAAAAGGAAAAGAAAAUUGCAUGGGACCACCACCAUCAUGUCUUCCACAAAGCAAGGAGAAACAAACCAUACAAGCAAACAAUUUGAAAGUUCCACAGAAAAGCAAACUUCCAGUGUCCUUAAAAACAAAGCCACCUCCUGACUUUCAGAAAAUGCACCAAGCGUGGCAAAACCAGUUUCAGAAGGGUAAAGCCGUAUCUAAAAAGUCCUGUACUCGUCCUCGGCCUUUCAAUUUGUCACAGAAGGGAGACAAGUUUCAGACAGCAUCAGUCACUGAUGUUGGUCAUCCUGUGGCAACUUCCUUCAAAAUUAAGUCUCCUGUUGCAGGACUUACAGGUCGAGAGCCAUUAAGUGAAGUAUUUCAUGGACACAAUAACACAACUAAUUCAAAAGAUGGUCCCAAGGUGCAUUUUAAAGCUGACUCUGCAGCUCUUAACAGUAUCCUUUUUAAUGUUGGCGUAUCUACUGCUGGGGGAGCAACUGGCAAGCUGAGCUUGGCACAGAGGAUUCCAAUAAGAAUGUCCUCAAAUGCACAUCCUUCCAGUGGCAAGAACAUAAUGGUCCGAAAUUCCAUGUACACCGCAGCAUGCAGCCAUCCAGCUUCAUCUCUAGACAGUAUCCCCCGCUUCUCCUGGCUGCCAACUAAGGGUACUGAGACAAGGACCCUCCUAAAACAAUAUCUGAAAACGGAAAACCGCCCCCCUGAUGUGAGUUUGCAUGAACAUGCAACAUCUAGAGAGAAAAGUGCUGUUCCAUCCCAGGUUAAUCCAGUAAUGCAGCAGAUGUCGGUACCUAUGCAUACAUCUUAUCCUAGCAAAGAGAUCUUUACAAAGCAGAACAAUGGGCCAGAGCUAAAAUCGCCAGUGUCUAGGUGUGAAUUGCCUGUUGCUGCAGAAAAGACAUCUGAAGAGGAAAAAGAUCUAUUAAAGGAGCCCAGUGAAAAACAGAGUGCAGAUUCUAAGGUGGAAGGCUUUGUAGCAGAUUCACAAGCCUUGGCCAGUAUCCUUUCGAAUACUGGGGCAACUAGUAUUAGUUGCGGGAAGCUGAGUUUGGCACAAAGGGUCCCUUUGCAGAGUAAAAAUAUGCCCAAUAAAGGGAACGUGGGCAGUUCUGGAUCUCUAACUGGACAGGUUACACCAAAACCUUCCUGUGGCCGUGUAUCUGUGUUGGCUAAAGACUCUGUCUUCAGCUCUUGUCGCGUUGCUCAGACUCCUACCGAUUCACCAGCAUACUCUGCUAGACGAAUUCAUAAUGCGAAAUCACCAGCAAGGAUAUUCUCCCAGGAACGUUCAGUUGCCUUUAAGCAACCCGUAUUCCCCAAAACCCCACGUGCACUAGCUCUAGAGAUGGCAAACAAGAGGCUGGAAGCUGAGCACACCGAUCCUCAGAGCUCCACUAAGUCCACUGUGAGAUGGGCAGAUCAAACUUCCCCUGCUCCUGUUUCAGAAGAUUUGGGUGAUGAAGAACCCCCUCUUGAGAAAGUGGUACUUCGGCUGUUCUUAGAUGGUGAAUGUUCAGGAGAUACAGAAGAGAGAAAGCAGAUAUCAGAAUCCACCCCUGAGCCACAAGUCACAACAGGGGAUCCUGCUGCUACUGACAUACACAGCAAGAAAGAGACCGUCGUCUCAGAGAGCUCAGCUGCUAACCCUGAAGCCACCUCCCAAGCAUUGUCUUUGCACCAGCCGUUUGCAUCGUUAUGUACACUUAGUUGUGCACAACAUAUGAAGGCUAACUUGCCUUUCUCAUUUCUUGCCCAUCCAGCUGUGCAGGCUUUAAAAUCAAGCACUUUAGGUUCUCACUCUUUAUCUCACAUUGCACGAUUACGCCUACAUGCAACAGUGUCAGCUAAGCAGAGGUUCUGGGACACUUGCCUAGAUGAGGAAUGUGCUUUCUACACAUCACGGGGGCUUAGUGGAACACUUAGGAGCUAUAUGAACCCUGUAGCUUUUUCUUUGGAAAAGCAGGAAGAUCUGCACUUUAUUCCUAUUCCAAGUGAAGAGUCAUGACCUCUUUAGAUUUGCCUCCCUGGUUAUUCUGCACAUGCUGGUUGCUGACCUAAGACACUUUUUGCCAGACUGAAAAAAGGAAGAAUGACAUCGCUGUACAGAACAGAUUUGUAACAGUAGAGAUAAACUUGCCAAAUUAAUCAUUUUAUGUUUGUAUCAUACGGUCUGUACAUUGUAUAUCUGCAAUGUCAUUUUUUGAGCAAGACGAUUGCCUAUUUCCAAUACCUUUAAUUUGUAUUUAAAUUUUUUAUUCUUUAAUAAAACACUAUUUAUACAGCA